UCUGCUGGUUCCUCCCUACAAUUCCGCCCUGGUCUAACAUUUCGGAUCAUGCCGCAUUUCAGAGACUUUAUGCUGACCCUUUCUAGACAAUGAAUUUGGAGCCACAGGGAGAAUGUUGUAUUUUUGAUUGCAAUUUAGCGGACUGUAAAGAGUUGGUUAAUGUUUGCAUCCGUGAUUGACAACCGGGUCUUGGCUAGCACGUGGGCUUGACGUCGAUGGAGGUGUUACAUUUUAUAAGAAAUCAUCAGAGCUGCGAAUCCCUGAUCUCGAUUACAACGCCACGAAGCCACUUCGCCUUAUUCCACUGCAAUCAUCAGGGUGCAUCGUUGGUGAAACGGCCGGGGUAGCAGAAAUCAGAAACCGCAGGCGCAAAGUGCGGGGUCCCGUUAUCCAAGGGGCAAAACGACCACUCUGAGCUUGGUCGCUCGGCAGCAAGAAGCGAUGGAGCUGUCCACGGUGCCUAACGCGGAGCGGGAGCUGUUCACAGACUAUAGUGCUGAAGUCUACUGGCGUCUGGCGCUCAACGCGACCUGGGAGGGUUUGCAGAACGGCUUUGGAAACAAUACUAGCGUGGAUAACAGCACAAGUUUGAACCCAACCAAAGGAUCCGCUACCUCGGUCUACGCUAUCGCCAUCACGGCACUUUACUCGGUGGUGUGUGUGGUUGGGCUGGUUGGCAAUUUCCUGGUCAUGUAUGUGAUUGUCAGGUACACGAAAAUGAAAACGGCCACCAAUAUUUACAUCUUCAACCUUGCUCUGGCUGAUGCCUUAGCCACGAGCACUCUGCCGUUCCAGAGCGCUAAAUACCUGAUGCAUACCUGGCCCUUUGGGGAGGUGUUGUGCAAGAUCAUUAUAUCAAUUGAUUACUACAAUAUGUUCACCAGCAUCUUCACCCUGACUAUGAUGAGCGUCGAUCGCUACAUCGCCGUCUGCCACCCCGUGAAGGCGUUGGAUUUCCGCACGCCCACCAACGCCAAGAUCGUCAAUGUCUGCAUGUGGCUGCUGUCAUCAGCCAUCGGGGUGCCAGUCAUGGUCAUGGCUAUCACCAGGCCUGAUGGCAAGGGCAGUGUGAUGUGUCUCGUUCAAUUCCCAGAGCCCAAAAUCUACUGGGAAAACGUAACCAAAAUUUGCGUCUUCAUAUUUGCCUUUGUCAUACCGGUGUUGGUGAUCACUAUCUGCUACAGCCUGAUGAUUCUACGUCUGAGAAGCGUCCGCCUCCUCUCGGGCUCCAAAGAGAAGGACAGGAACCUGCGGAGGAUCACCCGGAUGGUCCUCAUCGUGGUGGCCAUCUUCAUCAUCUGCUGGACGCCCAUUCACAUCUUUGUCAUGGUCAAGGCCCUGGUGAAAGUCAGCGAUAGUCCCCUCAUGUCCGUCAGCUGGCACUUCUGCAUUGCCCUCGGCUACACCAACAGCUGCCUCAACCCCGUGCUCUACGCCUUCCUGGACGAGAACUUCAAGCGCUACUUCCGCGACUUCUGCCUGCCCCUGCGGGCCAGGUUGGAGGAGAACAGCUUCACUCGAGCCAGGAAGACCACCAGGGAAUCUGUUUGCGCCUGCACUCCUUCUGACAUCGCCAACAAGCCGGUAUGACUAGGCAUGACCAAGCCCGCCAAGGGCUUGUACUCUCGGAGAGAACAGGACCUGAAUUCCGAAGUCACGCAAAUUACAACUGAGUUUUAAUUAUUAAUAUUUCAAAUAAAGUCUGAUUGAUUGUAAUUUAAAUCUUUAUGAUAGAAAACAAAAAGCAUUGACUUAUUUGCCUCAGUUUACCAGGGAGUUUAGAUCACACUGUAAUCUUGUUAAAUUUUCAUUUAAACAAUUUAAGUGAUUGCUUGUAACAAGGAAAAAUAACAGCAAUUAUUUUUACAUAGGAAGCUUAUAUGUGUAUAUAUAUAUAUAAACACUAUAUAUAAACACUAUAUAUAUAUAGCCUUUGGCACAAAGGUAUACUUUUUUGAAGAAGUUGCCUUGUUUCAAUGUGUCGGGGUUGUUGACUUAAUGUUAAAGUUUUCUAACUUUUGUUGGAAAAAUGGAAUUAAACAUCAUUUACUUGCAAUUAUUACAAUUACACAAGUUACGUUGGACUUCUCAUUAAAAGUUGAUUAAAUGCAUCUCCCUGCAUUGAAUUAUGUAUAUGUUUUCAUGCAGUCUCUGCAGAGAUUCGAUUAUCUUCUUAAAGGAAUGUCGGCAGACCUGACAUCUCUAUUGCUGCUGAGGACCCUUUUAUGAAACAAUGGCCUUGUUUCCUUGGAACCAUUCCCAAACAUAAAAGGACAUGAAAGUGCAUCACUUAACGGCAAAGACUAAAAAUGAGUUGCUAUCUAUCUCUCUGUAGUAAUAUUUUGAUGCAACCAUGGGACAUUGAAAUUCAGCAGCUGGACUGAUGUCAAGGAGAAAUUUAUUUGUUAAUAUUUUAUAACGCUAUAAAUGUGGCUGAAGUUAUUGCUGUAAACAACGAGUUGAGAUAUGUAUCUUAUUUCUGGCAUUGUAAACACAUUGAUUAAAGAGUUGAUCACA